AUGGCCGAAGUUAAUGAAUCUGCGAUGGGAGAAGAUGAAGGCGUUUUCCCAAAGGAAGAAAUCCCUUCCUCCUACAUUCCCAAUAAUUUCACAUUACCUGGAAAGGAACUUCAAAGACUGCCGGUUAUUUCAUGUGGGAUUUCAUCUAAAGGAUCUCGAGCCAUCAUUCCGGAACUUCAAGUCAUUGCUUCGGAAAUACGAGUCCUUGGAGGAAGAAUUCAUUUUAGCCAUAAGAGCUCGAAGCGAAUCUACAAUGAAAUCAUUUCCGAUCAACACCACCCCAAACGAAUGAAAGAAAUUGACGAUGAUCAAGAGAGGCAAAAUGCCAGAUUUAACGAGCCAGCUUUGGACCUUCUUACCAUAGAGCAAGAUCUUGUAAAGGAUCUAGAGCCGAUUUCGCGAGAUUUGACUCUCGUCCGAAGAUUCAAACCCAUGUUUGACCAGAAGAGAGAGAUUCUAAAACGGAAGAAGACUCUUCCGCAACAGCAACCACAGAAUGGCACGAAAGUUCUAUAUGUUCAUGCGGAGGAUAAGCUUUAUCCGCGAAGUGUCAAGGGGACGGCGGGGCGCAUAAAAUUAAUACCAGUAUUUCAAUUCUCGGAGCGUGUUACAACUCUGGAGGAGAUCGAACAUUCGAAAAAAAGUCAAAAGCUGGUGCUAUCCAAAGAACUGUCAAAGGAUAUGUUGGAGCAUUGUGUUCUACGAAUUGACCACAACGAUUAUUUGCUCAACGACUGGAGAAAUUUUAUAGCCCUGCCUACAGAAGACCAAAGUGUAGGGGACACCAGCAUAGAAUUAGUGAAGAACCACUUGCUCCACGGAAGAUGGGUAUGGAUCACAAAGGAAACUGAAAUUUGUCGUAGGAGUAUCGUGAUUGAGCGAACGUCUCAACUUUACGACGCUCGGUUGAUCUACAUUCUCAGCAAUGAUAUACAACUGCCCAAUCGGCUCGAACCCCUUAAAAUUUUCACUCAAUCCAGACGCCGAAAGUGGGAUACUUGGGAGAAAACGCAAGACCAGCAAGAGUUUUCUUUGGCUUCAACGGAGGCAAAGCUCUGGAGAUGGGUACAUGGUAAAGCUUACAUAGAAGGUGAAGGCGGACCUCUUGCGUGGAUAAAUCACGAGAACAACAAUGAUUUGGCCAGGUUCUCCCGUCUAGAAAACCAGGGACAUCGUGACUGGAGGACAAGAACGGCAAUAUUUGGAAAGAGAAUAGAUCGUUCUCUGUGUAUCACACCACCUAUGGUCAAGAUAGAUUCUGGUCUUGGCGUAGUGCAAGAAAACAAUGAUUCCGGCGAACCCUCUUCUUCUACCGAAUUCAUUUCCAAAUUGAAGCAUUUACCUGGGUGUGAUAAGACGAAUACCCCAGGAUUUGGCUGUGAUUGCCCAGGUCCUGCCCGAAAGGAGGGCCAUCAGCUGGAUGACGACUGUAGUGAGAAAUGCCAAAAACUCAUAAAGAGUCUAAUUACAAAAGGAUAUAGCCUCGAGCUGCGCGUUUCCAAAUUAGAAGCUAUUGUUGAAAUUGCUUUAAGUGGAAAAUCAAUUCGCAAAUGGGAUAAGAAGAUUCCAAUAUCGAAAUCCAAGCGUUCAUCGACAGGUCCAAAUCCCGCAGCGGUAACAACUCUUUAA